AUGGAUAUCACCUUUGUCUACAUCCCUUUAGAUCUGUCUUCAGAUGCUAGGCCUGCUCCUGAAAGGCCUGCUCCUGAUGAAAUACCUGCUCCUGACAAAAGGCCUGCUCCUGAUGAAAGACCUGCUUCUGACAAAAGGCCUGCUCCUGAUGAAAGACCUGCUCCUGACGAAAGGCCUGCUCCUGAUGAAAUACCUGCUCCUGAUAAAAGGCCUGCUCCUGAUGAAAGACCUGCUCCUGACGAAAGGCCUGCUCCUGAUGAAAGGCCUGCUCCUGUAAGGCCUGCUCCUGUAAGGCCUGCUAGAUCCCAAGCUGGCACUCCUCACCUGGCAUCCCCCUCCAGCCGGUCAGAACACCUUGAGGCAACACAAGAUUUCACACACAACACCAUACUGCUGCUUUUGGACCUGACAAAAACACACCAACAGGUGUACUAUCACUCCAAACCCGGUUUUUACAAAAUUCUACAACGGCAGUUCAGCAAGGAGGGAUACAGUUUCUCCUCAGACAAAAUCCGGAAAAAACUCAACAACCUUUUGACCACCUACAAAAGGGCCAAGGACCGUUGUACCUCAACAGGAGAGGGGAACAUAACGUGGGAAUAUUAUGGGAUAAUGGACAACCUGUUUGGGAGGUGCGGUGUUGGGAGCGCACCUCCAGGCACUCUUGUUUCCACCCCUCUAUUACCCACUGCCUCACAACCAUCCACCACACUGCCGUGUGCCUCUGAGGCCCAGCCUGGUCCCUCCAUGACCCUGCCCACCACACUGCCGUGUGCCUCUGAGGGCCAGCCUGGUCCCUCCAUGACCCUGCCCACCACACUGCCGUGUGCCUCUGAGGGCCAGCCUGGUCCCUCCAUGACCCUGCCCACCACACUGCCGUGUGCCUCUGAGGCCCAGCCUGGUCCCUCCAUGACCCUGCCCACCACUCAGCCGAGAUCAAUCCGGUCUCGAGUCUCCCAUCCCUCCUUCUACGACCUGUAUGAGGCCCACUCGGAGAGGAGGACCAGUGCACUGGAGACACUGGUGCGGCCAGAACAGGAGCGCCGGAGAAGGCUGAAGGAGAGAAAUAGGAGGAGGUUUGAAGCUAAAAUGUUGACUGCGAUGGGAGAAGUUGUUUCCCAGUUAAAGUCCAUUGGGAGCCAACAAGAGCGCAUCAUUGAGCUUUUGCAGGACAAGCCCAAUAUGCCAUAAUUUCCCCCACACUGGGUAUUCCCUGAAUUAAUUUGUUUAUAAAGAAC